AAAGAGGCCGAUGCGUCUUUCCGGCCACUCCGAGCCCGUCCCGGACACCACCAGUGGCCAACGGUCGUUCAUGAGUGUGGUGUCUCCGAGACUGCACGCCGGUUGACGGUUGAUGGUAAAUGGUGGAUAAACAACUCGGGUGGAGCCGUCAAGAUAGUGUUGCUAGUUUUUGUCAAUGAGAAAGCGAAAACAAUCCGCAUCGAGAUGUGG